GCGGGCUAGAUCCACGCGGGUCUGACAGCCAGUGUGACCGGCUCUCCGCAGGCCCUAGCGGCCGGGUCCGCCUAGUUGAUCUCGAGUCUCAUGAGACAGAUGGGUUCUCGGAAUCCUAUGCCACGACUCACUCGUUCUCUCCCUCCCCUUCGUGCCGUGUUGGCGGUGCGAGGGCCUCAGUCCCUGGUUGUGAGAGUUCUUGUGAGUGCGACGAGAGACUCAGGCCCCCCGGGCGUAGCUCUGUCUUCCCCGAAAAAACCUUGUCUCCGAUCCUUGGGAAACGAUGAUCCCACGUCUGUCCGGCAAUUGACCACCCGCAUCCAAUCGGGGAGCUGGUGCGGUCGUUGUUAAGUCACUCCUUAAGUCACCCCAAAAAUUAAUGAGUAUUUUCUCUGCAGUGUUUCUCAGUCAGUUCUUGGGAGUGUCCUUUUUCUGAACGAAACCGAUUUAUUUUAAUAGAGGAGUUAUUCUGGUUUGAGUUAGCGUUCUGCGCGUGCGAGCCCUGUGCCCCUAAAUGUGUUGGGGUCCAGCCCCAUCAGGUCCACGGGUUCCCAAAGGUGUGGACGGAGUCCGGGAAGAAGGAAUGACUCGGAGACAGCCUUCAGUUGAUCAGCAGAGCCAGGAAUGUCCCCUGAGCCUUGAACCUGAGAACACCCUGCCUACGUCUGCAGAGUCGGCUUGGAUUCCUCACGUUAUUCAGGGAUGGAGAGUCUUCAGCAGGAUUAACUGUGUUACCACCAGCUGAUGAGAUGGCAUCUUUGCAAAGGAAGGGGCUGCCAGCAAGGAUCCUCAGCUCCGAAGAAGAGGAGAAACUGAAAAGGGACCAAACUUUAGUGUCUGAUUUUAAACAACAAAAACUGGAAAAAGAGGCUCAGAAGAACUGGGAUCUUUUUUACAAAAGAAAUAGUACUAAUUUCUUCAAAGACAGACACUGGACCACCAGAGAGUUUGAGGAGCUCAGAUCAUGUAGGGAGUUUGAAGAUCAAAAAUUGACUGUACUUGAAGCUGGCUGUGGGGUUGGGAACUGUUUAUUCCCACUUUUAGAAGAUCUGAAUAUCUUUGCUUAUGCCUGUGAUUUUUCUCCAAGAGCAGUUGAAUAUGUCCAGCAAAAUCCUUUAUAUGAUACAGAAAGAUGCAAGGUAUUCCAGUGCGAUCUAACUAAAGAUGACCUUAUGGAACAUGUGCCCCCCGAGUCUGUGGAUGUUGUCCUGUUGAUAUUUGUGCUCUCUGCUGUUCACCCUGAUAAGAUGCACCUUGUCUUACAAAACAUUUACAAGGUAUUGAAACCAGGCAAAAGUGUCCUGUUUCGUGACUAUGGACUAUAUGAUCAUGCCAUGCUUAGGUUUAAAGCUGGAAGCAAACUUGGAGAAAACUUUUAUGUUAGACAAGAUGGAACCAGAUCAUAUUUUUUUACUGACGAAUUCCUGGCUCAGCUCUUUACGGACUCAGGUUAUGAAGAAGUGGUGAACGAGUAUGUGUUUCGUGAGACGGUGAACAAAAAGGAAGGUCUGUGUGUGCCAAGAGUUUUCCUUCAGAGCAAAUUCCGCAAGUCUCCAAAGAGCCCAACUCCUGUGACCCUGGGCCCAGGGCACAGGUCCUGAUGUUUCUUUCACAAGGUUGACUUUUAUGCCUCCCCUUGAAGAGGAAUGUUUCAUGUCAUUUUUUUUAUUUUCUAUAUUUUUAUAUCUUAACUUCUUCAAUGAGUAUACAUAACUUUUAUAUUAAAAAGUAGCGUGUAAAAAAAACACACAAAAAAAGAGCGUGUGUGUGUGUGUGUGUGUGUGUAUGUGUGUGUAUGUUAUAGAAAUGCAAAAGCAAAUAAAAUUGCAAGGCCUAAAAAGUAAAGGAAGUCUUAUGGUGUAAUUGAGCCAUGUUGUCUGAUUGUAAAAGUCCCUGUAGGAAAGCUUAAGGGCCCUCUUGCACUUAGAGAUCUUUAUUAUUCUUAUGUUACUCACGUGAGUCUGACACGCACAGUGUGUCCGACAACCCCAUAGAACAAAUUAGGCCAAACAGAGCAAAAUAACACAUCCAUGUGUAUUUUUAGCCUGAAGGUUUGUUCUUCUCUUUUUCUAGUGUCUCAUAUUUGCUCAUUUUUCUCCGCUUCAGUUCACUCAUGUGUCUCUUCAAGACCAGUGUUCCACAAAUGCUACUUUGCUGUGUCUCAAGAACCCACUGUGGCUCCCGGCCUAAUUUUUAAAAAUUUAAUUUAUUGAUUUGAGAGAGAGAGAGACAUCAAUUUGAUGUUCCACUUAAUUAUGCAUUCAUUGGUUGAUUCUUGUAUGUGCCCUGACCAGGAAUCAAACUCACAACCUUGGGGUAUCAGGACAACACUGACCAACUGGAGCUAUCUGGCCAGGUCUUAAGACCUCUAUAAGUGGGCCAGUCUUUGCCACACUACCCCAAGGGAGAGAAGGGAAGGCCACCACCUUGGCCCUUCUCCCCUCAUCUGCCCAACGCAGUUUCUCCAGAAAUAGGGUGGAUGAUCUGUCCCACCUCCCUGUGGGAAAUGAGGACAUGGUGGUUAGGAAGUAAAUGACUGACAUGGCCAAAAUCACAUAGCUAGUAUUUGGUAGAAUAGGGGAAAAUCCUGAAAUUGGUCUGCUGACCUGUUCCCAAACAUUCUCAUAUAAUGACUUUUACUGUAUGAAAAAUAACCCAAGUUCUUUUGGCCUGCUAACCAAAGGGGAUCCUUUAGUUAGCCCUUGUGUUUCACUUUUUGGAGGAAGCUGUUUAUGAGAGUAUUUGUCUUGAGCAUAUUGACUGGACUAUACAUGCAGCAAUCCAGGGCCUUAAACCCCAACCGCAUCUGAAGAGGAGGGGUCUGAGUGGGAGGGGCUGGGUAAUAGUCAUAGCUUUCUGCACAAUUGGAGUAAGUCCUCCUGGCAGUGGGUCUCAGGCAGGAAGCUUGCUGGACAUCCUAACUGCCACCUGUCCUUGACUUUCUAGGAGGGGCCUAGGAACGGGGAAGCAAGAGGAAUUCCUAUCUUCUCUGCUGGCCUGUUGCUUUAUAUAUUCUCUCCCCUUCUUUUGCAGGCUGGAAGAUGGCUACACUAGGUGAGAACAAAACUGAUCAUAGUACAGAGUCUGUCCUUUGCAGUGUUUUUUUCUUUGAAAUCAACUUGUAAAGAAGAUAGACCUAUAGGAUAGAUGCUCAUGGGCCUUACAGAGUGAAAGUCUUCACAGACAGAAAACAGCCCCAGGAAGGAAGUGAGUGCUGCUCAGCAGUACUAUAGGAAAUUGCAUAGCCCUAGCUGGGUUGGCUCAGUGGAUAGAGCGUCGGCCUGCAGACUGAAGAGUCCCGGGUUUGAUUCCGGUCAAGGGCA